CCCACGUGCCAGGCAGAACCAUGGCCUAUUGCAGCGUGACCAGCACGCCACAACGCUUUGCAAACUGUUUGUCAAAUUUUCAAAUACAAGAUUUGCUUGUGUUGAAGAAAUCAAUGGAACUCAUGACUCGCGCCGAGAGUCAGCGCGGAGACCUUACCGAUGAUAUUGCAAGUUGCACCAAUACGACUGAGCCCCAGCGCAUGGCUUUAAUGGCUGCCGAUCGGGGUGACCAUGGCAUGUCGGGCGGUGGCAGCCAACAGCCCUGGCAAAGUGAUCCGGCAGCCUCCUGGGUCGAGGAGAAGCCAUCUAAGCUGCAGACAUUGUUUCAAAUAAGCAUUACUGCCUUGGCUUUUCUUUCGUUUGGCGGCUAUUUGCUUUGCCUCAUAGUUCAGGCCAUUAAGAGCAAAGGCACAACCUAUUUUCAUCCGGUGGCCACAGCAACUACAACUAAUACAAAUGGGAAUGUGAAGCGUAUAAAAAUUUACAGACGCAGUAGACGUAGACGCAGCAUCAAGUCAGCUCACAUCUCAAAUAUACUCUUGGCGGACUAUGCGACUUAUAUGGAAUCUGUACGAAGCCAGCGUUUGGGCUAUGCUCACCUGGUUGGGUCGUAGAUCUGA